AUGACUGCAGAACAGCCAACCCCAGCUCCUACUCAACCAGCUAACCAAGGGAACAAACCCUCAAUGAUGCACGUCGAGGCAAUCACUGGGCAGCCUGGUAAGAUCCGGAAUGGUGACACUGCCUUGGCGCUCUUCGAGAAUUUCGAUGAGCUGCACGAAGAUGUCGACCCGGGGGAGCUAAAGCGGCUUGUUCGCAAGAUUGAUUUUAUGAUUCUGCCCUUUUUGGCUGUUUGCUAUGCGUUUUACUAUAUUGACAAAACUACUCUUUCAUAUGCGGCCAUUUUUGGCAUUAAUGAAGAUCUGGGUCUAUCGGGAGAGCAGUAUUCGUGGUUAUCCAGUGUAUUCUAUUUCGGGUUCCUGGUCUGGGCCCUUCCUACCAACUUCUUGAUGCAAAAGUUCCCUGUGGGCAAGUAUUUAGGUGCCAACAUCUUCCUCUGGGGACUCUUCCUCAUGCUCCAAGCGGCCGCAAAGAACUUCGUGCAACUCGCCGUGCUCCGCGUAAUCUCCGGCGCAGCAGAAGCAUGCAGCGACCCUGCCUUCAUGCUCAUCACAAGCAUGUGGUACACGCGCCGCCAACAACCCAUCCGGAUCGGACUCUGGUAUACCGCCAACGGCUUCGGCAUCGCCCUCGGCGGUCUCCUCGGCUACGGCAUCGGACACAUCAAAGGCGCCCUCUCCUCCUGGAAAUACGAGUUCCUGAUCAUCGGGGCCCUAUGCUCUAUCUGGGGCAUAGUAAUAGUCAUCUUCUUGCCCGACUCCCCGGUGACAACGCGGUACCUAUCGCCCCGAGAGAAACGCCUCGCUGUAGAACGGCUGCGAGAGAACCAGACCGGCGUCGAGAAUAAGACUCUCAAGCCUGCGCAGAUAUAUGAGGCUUUCCUGGACUGGAAGGUCUGGGUGUUUCUCCUCCUGGGAUUAUCAGGGAAUAUCCCCAACGGGGGGAUUUCGAAUUUCGGGACGUUGAUUCUAAAGGGAUUCGGGUUUUCUACUUUGGUAACAACCCUUAUGCAAAUACCCUACGGAGCCUUCAUAGCCCUCAUGAUCCUCUUCAGCAUCUGGCUGAACGACCGCCUCCCGCAGAACAACCGCUGUUACGUGACCAUCCUAUUCCUCCUCCCCAAUCUCGCCGGCUCCUUUGGGCUCUGCUACCUGCCCGAAUCAAACAAGGUCGGCCGUCUCAUCUGCUACUAUCUAACCGGGUCCUACAACGCCUCUUUCGUGCUCAUUCUCUCCAUCCUCACGGCCAAUGUCGCCGGCCACACCAAGAAAGUCGUCACAAGCGCCAUGAUCUUCAUCGGUGUGUGCGCCGGCAAUAUCGCCGGCCCGUUCUUCUAUAAAGAGGCGCAGGCGCCGCGCUAUCCGCUGGGAAUUUGGUCGAUGAUUGUGUCUCAUUUCGUGGAGAUCGUGCUGGUGGUUGUAUUGCGGACGGCGCUGGCCUGGGAGAAUCGGAGACGGGAUCGGUUACAGGGAAUUGGGCCCGGUGGGGAGGGUGAGGAGGCGAGGCAAUGGGAGAUGGAUCGGACGGCGUUUAGUGAUCUGACGGAUAAGGAGAACUUGAACUUUAGAUAUGUUUACUAG